AGCUUGGGCUCAAGGGAGUUGGGAACAGCCGAGCAACAAAUGCCCGGCUUGGUGACAGCAAUGCGUUAAGGUCCGAAAGGGCCCCCGAGACGCGACACUGGAGACGGGUUGGAUGACAUGAAGCUGCCAAAGAUCCGCUCGCGGGUGGGGCAGGAAUUCGUCACUGAGCCGGAGACCCGGGAGGAAGCCUCCGCUUCUUCAGCGUGAGACGGGUGGGUGGGUCCUACUCAGUAGAUGAAGAAAAAGAACGCAGGUGUAUGCAGCAUGGAGGCGUUGUUGGGGUUUUGCUGGUGAGUGGUGCCAUUUCGGGUCACGUGCACCAGACUAAUUAUACUGAUGUCGGAGGAUUGAUGCGAGAAAGCACCAACCAAGAACUGUGUGGGACAUUUGUGCACUAGACAUGGAUGUGUCCCGUGUCACGGAUGGGGUCUGCACCACCAGACAUGGAUGCUGCGCCCGGCUGCGGACGCGUUCCGGAGGUCCAACGCGAUGGGUUUCAGAGGGUUUCCGGGUGGCGGGGCUUUGGUGGUGCUGUUUUUCCCGGCCUAUCGCUCGGUGGUCCAUGUGACCCUCGGCAGAAACGCUGGCAGAAAUCCAAAAGAGCUGCAGAACCUAAGGAUGAGGAGGAGGAUUUCCCCUACAAGGAAUGGGUCUCCACUCUGGGCCGUCGCACCUUGAUGGGACCAUGCCGCAGCAAGAAGCAGCAGCAGGUGUCACGGGGCCUCAUGGAGAAGGAGCGCCUGCAAAAGCAACGCUGGCAGGACGCUCGCUCGAAGCCUCGGCUGCCGGUGGCCCUGCCAGUGGAGCUGUUGGCUUUGGAGCCCAGCCCCACGCGCAUGCUGGCGCGGGCCGGGCAGCGAGACAGAAGAGGUGAAGGAGAGGGGAAGAAAGAGGUGAAGGAGCAGAGGAUACCAGAGGUGAAGAAGGAAUCUAAGCUCCCCAAAGUGGAUGACUCUUUGCCGCUGGGCUGGGGAAGGCUGCAGGACUAUGUGAAUGGAGUGCGGAUCGGCCCGGGCAGCUUAUUCAGCCACCCCUGGGAUCGGCCCACCCCCUCGGGGAUCCACCCCUUGCCGAAGAGAACGGAGGAGUUGACCUGAAGACGGCGGUGCAGGUCUGACGUCAAAGCGUCAGACUGACGUCACAUCCUCCCGUCUGCGGUGUUCGACUGAUUAGCCAAGAUGGUUUUAUAAUGUUGUAUUUAAAGGCUUAAAGGCUUUACAUCUCCAUAUGGCUUAUGGGGGGUUUGACUC